UUGAGCUGCAGGGGCAGCGCAUACACUACAAUGGCUGCUGGAAAGAGGCGUAAGGAAACAAUUUCCAGGCCCGCCGCGUCCAGCCCGAAAUAUGAGAAAAAAAUUAUUAGAAAUUCCGCGGGCGGUGUAAAGGCGGCGGACGGGCCGGAGGGAGGAUGUUAAAGCCCCGCGGUUGCCUCUCAGUGCUGCCUUGGUGGUAUUGGGCACCCAGAAUGCUUCAGUCUGUAAUGAUCUAUUAAUAAGGUGGCCUAACUAGAGUUUGCAGCAGGGUCUCAGAUUGGCCAAAAUGGGAAGGGAUGGAUUCUGCUCUCUUCCACGAAGAGUUAAUGGGACUGGCUAAGAUCAAAGUCUGAGGCUUAUUUCCAUCACUAAUCAGGCACAUGGCUACUCACUCUCCUGAGAAAACCCACAAGUGUAAUUAUUGUGAGAAAAUGUUUCACCGGAAAGACCAUCUGAAGAACCACCUCCAUACACACGACCCCAACAAAGAGACUUUUAAAUGCGAAGAGUGUGGCAAGAGCUACAACACCAAGCUUGGGUUUAAGCGACACUUGGCCUUGCACGCUGCCACCAGUGGCGACCUCACCUGCAAGGUGUGUUUGCAGACUUUCGAGAGCACAGGUGUGCUCCUAGAGCACCUGAAAUCUCACGCAGGCAAAUCCUCUGGGGGCGUGAAAGAGAAAAAGCACCAGUGCGAGCACUGCGAACGCAGGUUCUACACCCGGAAGGAUGUCCGGAGACACAUGGUGGUGCACACGGGAAGAAAGGACUUCCUCUGUCAGUACUGUGCACAGAGAUUUGGACGAAAGGAUCACCUCACUCGACACAUGAAGAAGAGUCACAAUCAAGAGCUUCUGAAGGUCAAAACUGAACCAGUCGAUUUCCUGGACCCAUUUACCUGCAACAUGUCUGUGCCUAUAAAAGAUGAGCUCCUGCCGGUCAUGUCCUUACCUUCCAGCGAACUCCUGUCAAAGCCAUUCACCAACACUUUGCAGUUAAACCUCUAUAACAGUCCGUUUCAGUCCAUGCAGAGCUCUGGGUCUACUCACCAAAUGAUAACAACUUUACCUUUGGGCAUGACGUGCCCCAUAGAUAUGGACGCUGUUCACCCCCCUCAUCAUCUUGCUUUCAAAUGCCCGUUCAGUUCUACCUCAUACGCAAUCUCUAUUCCCGAGAAGGAACAGCCCUUAAAGGGGGAAAUCGAGAGUUAUCUGAUGGAGUUACAAGGUGGCGCACCAUCUUCAUCCCAGGAUUCUCAAGCAUCAUCGUCUAAGUUAGGGUUAGAGCCUCAGAGUGGCUCCCCAGACGAUGGUGCUGGGGACCUCUCCCUGUCAAAGAGCUCUAUCUCUAUCAGUGACCCCCUGAACACACCAGCAUUGGAUUUCUCUCAGUUGUUCAAUUUCAUACCAUUAAAUGGUCCUCCUUACAAUCCGCUCUCCGUGGGAAGCCUUGGGAUGAGCUAUUCCCAGGACGAGGCGCAUUCUUCUGUUUCUCAGCUGCCCACACAAACACAGGAUCUUCAGGAUCCUGCGAACACAGUGGGCCUUGGCUCUCUGCACUCACUGUCAGCAGCUUUCACCAGCAGCCUAAGCUCAAGCACUACCCUGCCCCGUUUCCACCAGGCCUUUCAGUAGGGUCUGGGCCGAGGGAUUUACCGGAGGUGCUUGUGCAGCCCCGCCUGCAAAGACCAUUUAUAUUCUAGUGCCUACUUUAACACAACACAGAAACUUCUCCUUUUGUAUAAUAUCAGGUUUUAUGAAGCCAGUAAAUAAUAGGAAUUAGCCUCUUUGAUAAGCUUUGAAAUGGUUCAUGUUUAACUAUGUUUGCUGUUUCUCCUGAUUUCCUGCCAGUUGUCAUAGUCUCGGAGUUUUAUUUCAUAGAGGAGCGCCAUUAUUAUCACUAAAUUUUACAAGUCCUGUGUUCAAAUUACUGUUAGACCUUAACAUUCUCACUUUCGUCUAAUAGCAAUGGGCAUUGGACUUUUUUUUUUUUUUUGCAAAUGUGCAGUACAAUGUAAAUCUUCUAUGAAAUGUGUGUGAAGAACUGAAGUGUUUCACAUUUCUUUACUAGCCACUAAAUGGAUUCAUAAUCAAGUGUGUUUUAAAUGAGUUAAGAAUCCAGUUUGGGGAGAGUAUAGUGGUUUCCUAAAUACACCAUCAUUUGAGAUCAAUAUAUUUUGAAGACUGCUAUUGUCUGGCUAAAAUAAGAAGUUUCAGUAUCUAUUUAAUAGAAACCUAGAGAUGUCAUGGGGUGUUCUGUGUUAGAACUAGCCCUCAGGCUGAUUUGCCACAUUUCAACCAUCUUUCCGUUAGCAGUGUGUGGCCUCGGAGUCUUCAGGAUCAGUGUAGACGUGUUCUGUUGUAUGCCCGUCACCUUUUACACCCCAGGAUGGCUUCACAUACCAGCAUUCUUACUUUGCAUGUUGGUCCAGUUAGUGCAGAGUCUUAGAGCCAUGGUGGGACAAUAGACAGUAACUAUAUGAAGCCCAGAGUGGCUGGCUGCCUGAAUCGUCGGGGUGAUAGACUCCUCACCAGGAAGAUGGAUGUAAAACGUACAGCCAAACCCCAGCACUUGUCUAGAGAAUGUCCACUGUUGCCAGAACUGAGAACUGGACUCCUGCCGCAUCACUUCUAAAACAGCAGUCUUGCCCGUGCGCCCUUGCUCAUUGCAUAUACAUCUUUCCCUGCCGUGUUUGGAUGGAGAACUUAAAAAUUAAACACAUCAAAAAGCAACCUGAGGAGUUCCACAGUCUUACACCAGCAAAAAUUGUUAAGAGCCCACUUUUACACAUCUCCAGGAGACAGGAGGAAUGUUAGAAAUCAGUUGAAUUUAUAGAGGGAACAGAGGAAAAUAAAGCAAACACCAAGUGAAUACGAAUGCACCAAGGGCGUGGUGCUCACUGAGCAAGGUAGCAGUGGGCUUCGUCUUGUCAGACAGCCACCAGGAAUGUGAUCGGUAGCUCCACGUGUAUCUUCCUAAGGGUUACUUGUGGCAUCGACCUACGAGACUUACUAAGCACUUGUUAACACCUUAUUCUGGACCCCUUCUGUCGGGGCAGGGAGAUUUAUAGAAGAGUAUAUAUCUCUUUUAAAAAAAAAAAAAAAAGGAAGAAACUAUUUUUUAAUCUCUGAGCACUCGUUAGCCCUGGCUGGGGAAGCUUCUUCCCUUGAGUAAGGGCCAGUUAUCACUGCAUAUUGUGUUGUUUACCCAUUACUCUAAGCGUAAACAGAUUACUGACUAUGAUGCAUUAUUUACAAUGCCUGGGAGUAGUCUAAAUUGAGGAGAAGUGUAAACUGUCCUGUGAAUGGGGCUUUCACUAUAUGUCAUACACACGCCUAGUGCACUUCAUAGAAUCAGAGCUGCCCCCUAGAGGGCUCAAGCUCCUGGUUCUAACCCUAGAGCAGUAGUUUUUAUACGUAUGUAUUUAAAUUUUAUUGUGAAAAAUACAUUUUAUUAAAGAAAGUGUUCCAAAGGCAUUAAAAUUAUAUACGUUAAUAAGGAAAUACAUUUUAACUCUUCAAGCUGCUCCUGAGCUGAGGGUGGGAGCGCACUCACUCAGAAAGUGGGCU